AUGGGCUCCAUUUCCGAUGCUCCGGCCCUUGAGAUCCCUCUAAUUAACAUUUCUGGCUAUCUUCGAGGUGACCAAGAGCAGGCAUCACAAAUAGCUAAGGCUCUCCAUUCGGCAUGUCAAUCUCCAGGCUUCUUCCAGAUCACCGGGCAUGGUGUUCCUUCAGAGCUCCGAGCCAAAUUGCUGGCCAAGCUCGCCGAAUUCUUUGCUCUUCCUAUGGCAAUUAAGCAAGGACUGCAUCGAGGUCAGUCCAAGUGUCUACGUGGGUACGAGACUGUCGGGGAGCAAAGGCUCGAGGAAGCCUUUUCCGACCAGAAAGAAGGAUUUAUGAUCGGUCCAGAACUCCCAGCCGAUGGACGCUUCCUCCAGGGCCCCAAUCAGUGGCCCGAUGAGGAAAUUAUACCAGGAUUUCGUGACACAUUUAUGGCUUACUUCAAUGAAGUCCAUAGCCUCAGCAAAGUCAUGUUCCGUCUCAUGGCAUUGAGUCUGGACCUGGAUGAGCACUAUUUUGACGAAUUCGUAAGCACAAUCGCCAUGUGCAGAGCACAUCGAUACCCUCCGACAACGCCUGAGAUGGCCACUAAGUCACGGGGGAUCGGGGCACACACUGAUUUCGGUGCCUUGACCCUGCUGCUCCAGGAUGAUAUUGGCGGCCUCGAAGUAUUCCACAAAACCACAGGAACAUGGCAUGGCGUCCCGCCAGUUCAGGAUGCCUACGUGGUCAAUAUUGGGGAUAUGAUGGAACGAUGGACGAAUAAUUCCUACACUUCAACCCUGCACAGGGUCAUUUCGCCAGUCUGCAACCGCGACCGGUAUUCCGUCGCAUUUUUCAACGAAGGUUUGCUGGAUCAAGUGAUUGAAUGCAUUCCAACUUGUUUGAAGCCGAGUGACAAGCCUCUAUAUGAGCCGAUCAGAGCCGAGGAUCAUUUGCGCACGCGGUAUGGUAAGAGCUAUUAA